UUAGUAUUAUGAAAAUUUUACAAGUUUCGAGUUAGACAGAGGAAAAAUUUACAAGUGGCGGAUGAAUUUUAAUAAAAAAUAAAAAUUAAAAAAAAAAAAUAAGAAAAAAACACAAACAAAAUCCUAAAUUUUAUUGGCAACAAUAAAUAUUGCGAAAGUUUCAUGAUGGCCAGCAAAAUGUUAACAACUGGCCUCAAAUUGGCUGAUUUUGUGCGUCCCGAUUGUUGCAAAAUAAGGGAUCCCUUGCCAAAGGAUGCAGAAUGUUUCGCAAAGGACAUAUCGAAGGAACUGGAGAAGCUAUACCAGCGCCACGAGCGUAUGUUUGUGAAGCGGAAACGCCUAAUGGAGAUGGCCUUGCCAGUGCGACGACGCUGCCGUUUUGUGCCCAAAUGUGCCUGUCAAUUUAGCAAGACCAUUGAAAUAAUUCCGGCGUAUCAGGCAUCCUACACACGUACAGAGCAGCUGGCAUUGCCGACAGUUCGACGAUUGCUCAGUCGCAGGGAAUACGCCAUGGCCCAAGGUGAUGGUAUAGGCGAGAGUAUAUUGAAUCGAUUGCUACGUUCCAGUUAUCUAUCGAUGUACAGUCGUCUGGCCAACAUGCAGCCGCUAAAGAUGCCAAUCAAAAAGAAGAAGAAGACGAAGAAGCAAAAGGCACGCCAAAUGAAAUAUCUGGAAAAAAUGGCCCAACCAAAAGUUAUACCCAAGCCACCCAAGCGGGAACGUAAGGUCGGUCAGAUGAGUGAACGAAGGCUUAAGAAACUCUCCCGACCUAAGAAAUAUGUGGAAGAAGUCCAACCGAAAUGGGAGCUUACGGAGACAAUGCGGGAUUACAAGCCAACUAAACGUAUCACGGAAUUGGCCAAACAUGUCAUACGUGAAAAUGUCCACAUCAAUGAGGAACCCCAAAAGAUUGCACCCAAUGCCUUGCACUACAAACCUUCCGCUCGCAUCAAAGAGAUGGCUCAGCCAGCGUCAGUCCAUGAGGCCAAUAUGGUUCCGGCCGACAUCAAGGAGGAACCGUUUGCCAUAUCGCCCAAUGCUCUUAAAUAUAAGGCAACUGCUCGCAUUAAGGAACUUGCCGAGCCAAAGGAAUUUGAAAAUGCUCACAUACGGGAAAAUCCAUUUGCCAUAUCUCCGGCAGCUCUCAAGGCCACCGCAUCGCCUCGUCUUAUCGAAUUGGCCAAGCCAAAGGGUGGCUAGUGGUGAAGUCAACUUUUGCAUUCUUACGAAAGCUAAUAUGAUGCAUUGUUCUAUUUGGUUUAUUUUGUUAUGCUAUAUUAUUAAAAUGGAAAUCUUGUGUACAAUUGAA